UUACCUUAGUAUGUAAGAGUGCCACCUCGCUGAACCGGCUUUCAGGAUAAUGCCUCACUUGCCUCCGUCCAAAUAAAACUUAGCAAGUCUCUAAGUACGUUCAAGCCGCACACCGAUGGCUCGGUGGUGCAGGUGCAGUUGAAAGGAAUCCUGCUUAGAGUCCGUCCUGGCUCUGAGCACAGUUGCCCAUGAAGCUCUGCGUCAACCCUCGCAUGAACCUCACUGCUUGCAUAGGGACCCAUGGGGGCGCAUCAGGACUACUGCACAUAUGCGGGGAGAUAGCGGCCUAGAGUUUGGACCCACUCACACAAGAUGAAAAACACACAACGAAACAAGAACAAUGAAGGAGACGUAUUCAGGAAGAGCGGCCUGAUGGCAAGAACACCGGACAACAACGCGACGACGAUGACCAACCCUAGCCCCUACGAUGUGGACAAGGACAAAACAGAGGCUGAAGGUGAAAUAACCCCCCACCCGCCGCAACCGACUGCCCUGUUCACACAGACCUCGACGUCAUGCUCCCCACGACAGGAGCUUAUAUAUAAGAUACAGGAGUUAGAAGAAAAGGCCUUAUCGCAAUGCAAAGCCAUUCUAAGGAAAAUGAAGAUAGCAAUGCAGAAGCAACGGAACAUCAGUAUGGACGUCAAGGAUGGCACCUCAGAAAUGAGUGAGCUCUUUGAUGUCAUAGAAAAUUAUCGAUCGAGCUGGAAAGCUGUUGAACUAGAGCGCUCAAAGGAAUCGAGGAAGGCCGAAGAAAAUACAUCCGGCAAUUUAUUGAGCGAAACACCAGUUUCGACACUGAAGAAGAGGACAGCCACUAGCCCUGCUGCGCAAGAGCCGAGCAAGAAAGUCCGAAAUAAGCAGACAAAUGACGGAUUUCAAACGGUCACAGAAGGGGAAAAAGGAAAGCAACACUAAAGAAGCGGACGUAAGGCACAGUGGAGCUGAGAAAACAAAAAACAAGCCUAGCGCAAGAACGCGCACUCGCCCUGAAGCUGUGCUAGUCAGACCAGCAGAGGGAAAGAGCUAUGCCGAGGUGUUGUGCAAUCUGCGAAAAAACCUGAAACCAGAGGAUUCCGACAGUAAUAUACAGUCGGUUAGAAAAACCAAGUCAGGUGAUAUGCUUCUGGAACUUUCAAAAGGAAGCAAAACGGACAAACUGUGCGAUGUCAUUAAGGAUACACUCAAAGAGUGUGCUACAGUGAAGACCAUAAAGCAAUUAGUCAAACUGGAAAUAAGAGAUAUCGACAGCAUCACACAAGAGGAUGAAAUAAUCUCAGCAAUAAGAGAAGGAAUAGGCGAUACAAGCCAAGAAAUUUUAAUACACUUGACAGGGGUAAAUAGGUCAGAACAAAGGCGAGCCUUUGUUACACUACCUAUGAGGGACGCGUCAAAGAUAUUGGCGGAGCAGAGAAUAAAAAUAGGAUGGACCCGCUGCCGGGUUAAGCGGUGUCUUGACGUAAAGAGAUGCUUUAAGUGUUUCGGGGUCGGACAUGUGCAAAAUAACUGCAACGGACCGGAUAGGAGAGACCUCUGGAUCAGAUGUGGUGAAAGCGGACAUAAAAUGAAGACUUGCACAAAGGCACCCAGAUGUUGUAUCUGUGCAUCGGAGAACAGGAGCGACGUUGGACACCUGCCUGGGACAGCGAACUGCUCUAGCGUAGCCAGAAAAGGAAAGCCAUGAAGAUUCUUCAAGCUAAUAUGCAUAGAAGCAGAACGGCAAACGACCUGCUGCACCAAAUUGUGAUAGAAAACCAAAUCGACGUGGUUAUCAUUUCUGAACAAUAUUAGAUACGAGAGGAAGGGGUUUGGCUAGAAGACGAUACAAAGACGGCGGCAAUAUGGAUCCCCGACCCUACUACGGUUCCACACAGAAACGACAAAAAGGAAGAUGCCACGUCCUAACACAAAUCAGAAACUGGACGAUAGCUAGCUGCUACUUGACCCCAAGUGACGAUAUUCAGACUUUCCAGACGAAACUUGAAGGUAUUGAAGACAACGCAAGGCAAAUAAGAGGCGACCUUAUAAUAGCAGGUGACUUUAACUCAAGAGCAAUAGAAUGGGGUAUGCCGUCAACCGACUCUCGAGGCCGUAGAGUUCUCAAUAUGGCAGCAAGAAUCGGAAUACUCACUGCAAAUGUAGGAGCAACAGCCACAUUCAAUCGACUAGGGAACGAGGGUACAAUCCCUGACAUAACACUAGUGUCAGAAAACGGCGCACACAAAAUCACAGACUGGAAAGUUCUUGACACCUACAACGGAAGUGACCAUAACUAUAUAACGUUUAACAUAGCAGAAAACGGGGUAACUACAGUAGCACCGAAGAGAGAAGGGUGGAAUGUUAAGCGGUUGGACAAAGCACGGCUGAUACUAGAGAUCGACGCAAGACAAAACCGACAGAGUGGCGGAGACAUAGUCAACCAGAACAUGGCAACGAUCAAACAAGCGUGCAAUGCUGCAAUGCCAAAAAUGGGCAACCCUCGAAGACAAGGCCAAGAAGUGUACUGGUUGACAGAUGAGAUAAAAACUCUCAGAGAAGCGCGCAUCAAAAACAGACGCCGCCUUACUAGAGCUAGACGGAGAGGACAAUUUACAGAACAGGAAAGUCAGUUUAAGAAAUCCAAGAAGGACUUGACCACUGCCAUUCGGAAAAGUACAACGGAGAAAUGGAAAAGCCUCUGCAACGACGUCAAUACUGACCCAUGGGGUAUGGGGUAUAAAAUUGUGAUGAAGAAGCUUAGAGCAAGAAGAACAACAGCGGACCUGGAGGAAGGACAAAUGGACCACAUAGUUAAAGCACUAUUCCCCGACCACACAUAUAGUUUUUCUAGAAGUACCACACCAAUAGCAGAUGAACAAGUCGAGCUCUUCACAGUAGAUGAACUACAGAGAGCGGCAAAAACGCUAAAAAGGAGGAAGGCCCCAGGACCCGACAAUAUCCCAGCAGAGGUCCUAACAGUGAGUGCCGAGAACAGACCCCAAAUCCUGCUGGAUAUGUAUAACGAGUGCAUUACCAGCGGCAAAUUUCCAGAUACCUGGAAGCUGCAACGUUUAGUCCUGAUAAGCAAAGGAAAGGGGGAUCCCUUAACCCCGUCAGCUUAUCGACCACUUUGCAUGCUAAACACAACCGGAAAACUACUGGAGAAAAUGAUUAAGCCGCGACUAUCAGCAGUAAUCGAAAGAGGGGGUGGCCUUUCCCCGAGGCAGCAUGGCUUUAGACCUGGUAGGUCGACCAUUGGAGCUAUACAAGAAGUCGUCAGCCAAGCCCUCAGCAGCCAACAAGGCAACCACUUCUCCAGACCGUACUACCGGCAACUCUUGACGUGAAAAACGCAUUCAAUAGUGUUCAAUGGGGAAACAUAAUUGAUGCUUUAAAAAGACCCAAAUCUCAGGAUACCUAAUGCGGAUAAUACAAAACUAUCUUGACAACAGACGACUACUGUACCAAACAAUAGCAGGAGAGAAAUGUAUAGACAUAACUUCAGGAGCAGCUCAAGGAUCAAUACUUGGACCGAAGCUAUGGAACAUUAGCUACGACGAAAUCUUUCAUCUAGAAAUGCCGGACGACACGUUUUUAGUGGGCUAAGCAGACGACAUAGUCGCUGUCAUUACAGCUCGAAAUACCGAGUACGCACAGCGCAAGUUGACACAAGUAAUGCCGAGAGUAAAAAAGUGGUUGAACUCACACGAUCUGAAACUGGCUGACGAAAAAACCGAGCUCCUGCUAGUGACCAGAAAGCGGAUCCCAUUAGAAAUAGAUAUGAGAGUUGGGGAAAACGUAAUAAGGACGCGGAAGGAUAUAAAGUACCUAGGAGUUAGACUGGACUCAAAACUGACAUUUAGCUCACACAUACAAGAGACGAGGAAACGUGCAACCGUGACGACUAAGUCGCUUAGCAGACUUAUGGCAAACGUAGGCGGCCCUCUACAAUCAAGGCGGAAACUCUUGAUGGAGGUGAGUAACGCAAUCAUGCUGUACGGAUGUGAGGUCUGGGCUGGCAUCCUGGAGACCGCCUGCAGGUCAAAACCUUUACUGGAGGUGCAAAGAACCAUGGCUCUACGAAUCGCGAGCGCGUAUCGAACGGUAUCCGGCCCUGCUGCAUCAGUAAUCGGAGGCGCGAUACCAAUCGAUCUAAUAGCCAAAGAGAGAAAACGGAUCUAUGAGAUAAGACAGGCGGGAGAGACGACGAGAGCGUUAAUCGCACGAAGCAGAGAUGAAACACUUCAACAAUGGCAAGAAAUAUGGGCAGCUGAAGAAAAAGGAA